AGUAGAAUACUACAAUUGAAAGCAUAAAAUUAUGGUUAAAUGGUAAUGCUUGCAACAGCUCUUUCUCUCCCACAAUCUCUCAACACAAACACAUGCACACACACCCUACAGCCUGUCAUUGUGAAUUAUUAAGAGCCCAUGAUUAGGAUUUUAUUAGUGAAAACUGCUUUGUUUUUUCUCUGAGGAAGAGAAGAAGAGAACAGAAAAGCAAGGUUUUUGACAUUGGCCUCAGAAUAAUAAAGGGAUUGUUGCUGUUGGUGAUUCAUAACCAUCUGUUUACUCCAGAGGGCACUUUGAUUCCAUCGUCCAUCAUGUUUUAAAGAAAUGAGUUGUUGAGUCUUGAGAUGUUUCGAUCAGUGCUCAAUUUGGAUGGUCGCACUAAUAUUUGAAGUGGUUGGAUUCAUUGGUCGUAGUUUGUUUUUGCGCUUUAAAAGCAGUGGCAUGAGAGUGGAAUGUCUUCAAUGACACUUUUACUGAUAGAGCGAUCCGCUUCCUUUUUAUUCCAGGGAUGGCAACCAAAUUCCAAUAUGCAAUAAACCCAUUAGCUACUGCUUCAAACAACUCACUUGCUGUAAAUCAAAACAGCGACUGGGGAUACUCCCGAGAAACUGGUGCAAGGGGGCAAUCAGAGGAAAGUGCUCUGCAUCAUUUUAAGCACUCUAUGGAUCAUGAGAUGUUCGAUUUACAGAAGAUAGAGUCCAUCAAGAAGACAAUGCUAUUGCAUGAAGAUAUCUUUCAAAGACAGGUAAGAGAGCUUCACCGGCUGUAUAAUCUCCAAAUGAAGUUGAUGUAUGAGCUAAAGAAAGAGAUGACGUAUAAACAAGGUCCGUUAGCAGGAAAGGAUCCUAGCAGUUCUCAAUUUUUAAUUUGCCAAAAACAAAUGCAAGAUAUCAGGUCCAAUCUCCCUGUACAUGGAUUGACAUAUGGUUCAGCAGAAAGGAGUGCUAGCAGUUGCGGGGAGAGCCUGAGAAUGCCAAAACUAUUCAACCUCGAAAGGGUUGCUGAGGAAGGUCCCUCAACUAGCAUUCAGCCCACUGAACAGGAUCAACAAAGGCCUAAUAGGUACGGGCUUUCAACGAGUAAUAAGGCAAGCAUGGAUGGAUCAGAUGAAGAAAUAGAUGUGGAGCUGACUCUCAGCAUUGGGUGUAGCAAGAGUAAAAAGAGAUCGAACAGCCGGAAUAAUCCAUGCAGCCUAGAAUUAGGGGGGUCAGAUUCGAAUUAUAGUGGCAAAGAGCUCUGUUCUGCUGCAAUUGUAAAAACAGAGAAAAGGGAAGAUUCUGAUGACCCCAGCCCUGCUUUAAGCAGUUCGAGUGCCACACCGAACCAAAAUACUAAUGCAACAACAUCCCAUUGGCUUUUCCAAGAUCUGAGUUUGAACAGAACAUAAUAUUUUGCU